AGAACUUACCACCGGACACCACCGAGACAACGCAACUUCACCAGCCAAGGAGAAAACCCAACAAUAUCCGUACCAGAGAAUCGGACUGCUUUAAUCCGCGGCCUUGAACCACAAAUUUCACCAUCCGCUUACUGAAGCCGAUCAAUCAAGAAAAGGGUCCUAACAAUGCCCUCGGUAAAGAACCCCAACGCCCCAUCCAGAAACCGCCUCGCCGCCCGCGCAGCCAAGCAGCGCAAAACGAGGCAAAAGGCCGCCGCCCUGGGCCAACUGGCGCGACAAGGCGGCGCCAUAGCAAAAGCCGACGCCCGUCGCGGCGCGAAACCCGGCCUGCUCCCGACCAGCGGACCUCGCGCGGCAGUCAGCAAAAAGAAGCAGAGAAAGCUGGAGAAACAGCUGAGGCACGCGCUGAGGAGGAAGAUGGAAGCCGAAGGGGAGGUUGAGAUGAAGGGUAAGUUUUGCCAGCGCAUAUUUUGGGGAAGCUCUUUGCGAACUUGUUAAGAUGGGAAGACCACGUUGCUGACGUUGCUGUGCUGUGCAGAUGCGCCGGCGGAGAAAGGGAAGAAGCAGGAUAAGAAGAAGG